GGGGCGACAACACGACAGCAAUUCAGUUUGCAAGUCGCCAAAUGAAGGGACAAAAGAAGAAGACGAAACGAGUAGCUUGUUCAACAAAUGUUUUCGGCCGACGUUAUUUUAGAGUGAAGACUGGUGGAUAUUUUAGUUGAUUUGCGCUCUAAUAACGUUCACCUUUCCGGCGUCGCCAUGGAGAACGCAAUGGCCGCCCCAGGUCCUAAUAAGGACAACAUCCGAGCUGGGUGCAAGAAAUGUGGAUAUCCGGGUCACUUGACCUUCGAGUGCCGGAACUUUGUCAGGGUCGACCCACAGAAAGACAUCGUCCUGGACGUGAGCAGCACCAGCAGCGAGGAAAGUGAAGAGGACGAAGCACCUGCAGCCCGAAGCAAUGAGAAGCUGGGCCGGAGUAGAGGUUCCCGUAAUGAUGAAAAUGAUGCGAGAAAAGGGCGACACAAACUGAAGAAGAGCAGCGACAGAAAGUCAAGAAAAAGAUCUAACUCAUCAAGUGAUGAGACCACAAAGAAAAAAAAGAAACGCAGCAGGUCCCACUCGUCAUCAGAGGAGGAAGGGGGGAAGAAGAAGAAGAAGAAAGUGAAAAGUCGGAAGAAGAAAAGCAAAAAGAACAAAAAGGAACACGGGAAGCAUCAGAAGAAGAGAGAGAAGAGGAAGAAACAAGAAUCCUCCUCUUCCCCUUCUGCAUCUUCCAGCUCGAGUGAAUCCUCAGACAAGGACUAACUGUACAGUGUCGGGAUCUCUAAUAUCCAUGAAAAAGGUGCUUUGCAGACAUUUUCUAUAAGGCACGUCGCCUCAUCAAGGAUUUAGAUGGUUAAUUAGUUCAAAAAUACCCUAGAGUACAUUGCCUACAGCAGAUAUGUUUCAUGCCAUCAUGUCAGUGGAAAAAAACGUUGUUUGAAUGCUCUAAAGAAAUUUCAAAAACAUGUACAAAUCCAGAGAAUCCUGCCUUUCACAAUGUUCUUGCAUGCAGAGGGAUCUGUUAGUGACAGCAGUUUCUUGUCAUACAUAUUACUGAAGAAACCUCUGAGGUUCUUAAGUAAUAAGUUUCCAGAUGCUGUCGUUUAGUUUUUACUGCUAUACAUCUUGUUUUCUUAAAAAAUAAAAAAAAAUCUUUAGAACUUGUACCCAAAAAUAUAAAAGGUAUAAAGAGGUCAAAUUUAAAUUCCAAACAUGAUUUGACAAGAGUUGCCAAGGACAAGUCAUUUUUAUUCUGUGGCAGAUUUCCUUUUGUCAACUAGUGAAUUUUAGACAAAAGAAUGUCAGACUUCUUAUUUUCCGAAUUGGCUUAAUGUUUAAUUUGUACUAGGAUGCCCUUCACAUAAAAUGAAACUCCUAGAGGUACUUGUGAGGCCAUGUGUCUGCUAGUCAUGUGAUUAUUGUCAAAGAAGGGUUCUCAUCUAACCUCCCUCAUCUCAUGACCUUCAGCACAUAAAUUUGGUCAUUUAUGAACUUCAUUCCAAAGCAUUGUGUGUACAUUUUUCGCUGUCAUUGUCUGAGCCUCUUUAUACAACCUUGUUUAUUUCAUAUGCCCAAUAUACCACUUCUUAAGUCUACUUUUUUAGUCAUCCUCAUUAAGUGUUUUUUUAUUGUAGUAAAAUAUAUAUUUGUA